AUGAGGAUCCUCGGGCUCCACGGCCAUGGCACGAGCGCAUACAUUUUCAAGUCGCAGACAGCGGCCUUCCGAGCCAAGCUCGACAAGUCGUACACGUUUGACUUUGUCGACGCGCCGUUUGACUGCGCGCCGGCGCCGGGGGUCAAGGUGUUGUUCGACUCUGGGCACUACACGUGGUGGCCUAAGGCGACCAUCAACUCGAUCAAGGGGGCACACAAGUGGCUGAUCGACUACGCGGAGGAGCACGGGCCGUACGACGCCGUCAUCUGCUUCUCGCAGGGCUGCUCGCUGGUGGGGAGCUUCCUGCUGUACCACUACCGCGAGACGCCCGACGAGGAGCUGCCGUUCAAGGCGGCCAUGUUCGUGUGCGGCGGGGUGCCGCUGCCGGUGCUCGAGGACCUGGGGCUGCCCGUGUCGCAGAGAGCGCAUGACAUCAACGACGAGACGGUGCGGCUGCUCAAGCAAAAGGCCGGGGCGCUGACGGAGCUGGCGGCCAACCUGGACCGCAUCCGGCCGGGGGUGGGGCUGUGGGACGACACGGCGGGCCUGCUGCACGACCCGCGCGUCAUGCCGCUCGAGUCGGACGUGUUCGGGCUCGACUUCACGGCCAUGCCGGCCGACGCGUGCAUCAAGAUCCCGACGGUGCACGUCUACGGGGCCAAGGACCCGCGGUGGCCGGCCAGCGUGCAGCUGGCGCACUUUUGCGACGACAGGAAGAUGUACGACCACGGCGGCGGCCACGACAUACCGCGGUCGACAGAGGUGUCCAGGCAGAUGGCGGCGCUGCUCCAGGGACUCAAGGAGCAGAUCGGCUAG